CCCUAAAUCAGUUUUCAUUUUUCACGGACCCCCUGACGGACCCUUGAGGGUCCAUAUGAACCACUUUGGGAAACACUGGUCUAAAAGUAUAAAUUUUUUAUAAAAGAAAAUUAUUACCAAAAGGUAAAUUUUAAUACAACAGGAUGGAAUUCUCGAUAUUAACAACCUGGGAUGAUAAACCAAUCGAUCAUGAAGCGACUAUAAUUAAAUUGCAUUCUGAAGAUGAUGUUGUGAUUAUGGAAAUAAAAGCUCCAUUUUAUGAUGAUCCACCACCAAAUCCCAGGGGGACUGAUAAAUCCUUUAACAAAUUGUGGGAUUAUGAAGUCGUUGAAGCAUUUUUUCUUGGAAAGGCUGAAAAAUACCUUGAAGUAGAGUUUUCUCCGCAUGGAUUUUAUUUUAUUUUGCUGCUCGCAGGGAGAAAAAAUGCAAUUAAAGUUGGUUUGCCUAUAGUUUAUACUGCAAAUAUUGAAGGAAAUAGUUGGACAGGCAUAGCAAGAAUACCAAAAUCAUAUUUCCCUCCAAAUGUCAAACUUUUCAAUGCAUACGCUAUUCAUGGUACUGGUAAGAAUAGAACGUAUGAGGCAUUAAACCCCGUGCCAACUGGGCAGUUUCAAACUCCAGAUUUUCAUAGAUUGGAAUACUUCCGUUACAUUCAGUUUGAAACAAUUUUGGACUUUGGAGAUAGGCUUUCGGAUGUAUGGAAAGCAGCUCUUGAGGAAAAAGGUAUUUAAGUAGCAAUAGGAUGGGAAUUUUGUUUAGUUGGCAAUGUCUUUGAAGAAUGUGAGAGAAGAAAAAACAAUUCAUUUUGAAUAUUAUUGAUAAAGUUCAAAUUAAAAAAAGC